AUGUCUGGGCUACAGUGGCUUCAUGCGGCUGCUGCCUCACAUGGUCAGAGCAUACGAGUUCUUUUUUGGAAUGUGCUGGCUGACUGCUUGGCAAAAAGCUCGCCGCUGCUAAGCUUGCAGCGUGGCUUUCGAUGCGAGGCGGAAGUGUUGCGCUGGGAGCGCCGCCGUGAGCAGGUCAAGGAGGAGAUUCUGCGGCAUGAUGCAGACAUCGUGGGACUCUGCGAAGUGGAUCAUUUUGAUGAUUUCUUUGAGCCGGAGCUUGAACGAGCCGGCUUCCACGGAACAUUCAAGCGAAAGCGCAGUCCAGCUAAAGAUGGAGUCGCUGUGUUCUGGAGAGCAGACAAGUUCGAAGAAGGUGUGCGGCGCACGAUCUUUCUGGAGUAUGGCCGGCAGCGCACCAAAGCUGCGCAGGUAGCAGUGCUGCAGCGCUUGUGGCCUAGGGAUCGGCAGACCGGUAAGGGCAGUAAGGGUAUCGUGGUUUGCGCGGUGCACUUGCGGGCAUCAGCUGACGAUGGCUUCCGGGUGCAGCAAGCGUCUGCACUGAUAUCGGCUUUACAGGACUUCUCCCGGGACGACGAGCAGAUCAUCCUGGCAGAUGUCAACAGCAAACAGAUGAUGGGGAGCAGCCGCACAGAGAUCGCAAAUGUCUUCGACUACUUUGCAGCUUGCGGCUUUGAGUGUGCAUACACAGAUCUCGGGUUACAGCAUGGACACAGGAUCCCCAAGUACACAACUUGGGCCGGCUGGGCAUCAGGCGAUUUCAAGGCUACCUGCGAUCAUAUCUUCGUGUCUAAGGGACUCCAUUCUCAGGCUGUCCUGGAUGUCCCCGAUGCAGACGAACUUGCUGAAAACUUCCCGGAGAGACUACCAAAUGAGUUUUUCCCGUCUGAUCAUAUGAGCUUGAUCGCCGAUUUAGUAAUUCCUGACAGUAGGCCUGUCUGA